CUCGGGUAGCUGGUCCGUGUCACGGUAGAAAAUAGUACAAAUUAAUUGAUGGGAUUAGUCCGAACUGGGGUCAGGAGCGAAAUUUUGAGACUGGGAUGCCGGUAUGUUGUCCUAGAGUGUGUGGUACCCGUGAAUGUGAGGUGUCUGGAUUGAUAGUUCCUUGGGCCGGAUCCGAAGGCUUGGAUGGAUUGAUCUCACAUCCUUCCUCUGCAGAGUUCGAGGUUGCUGAUGGAAUGUACGUGAGGAAAUCUUUCCCUGAGGGGCCACGCCUGCCUACAAAUCAUGCGUGCUUGAAAGGAGAGAUAGGCAUCUUUCACCAAGGAAAGGGCCGGUGGCACAUCAUGGCUCUAGCGCAACCGCCAGCUUUGCAUCUCUAUCGAGAUCUAGUACCAGGAGUGUGGUAUAUGAGCUGCUUGCAAGCAAAGAGGCAAAAUGUUUGGCAGAUGGUAUCACUUGUAAGGUAUAGCCAGAGAAGUUGGCGUGUAUCAGCCACCUUCUUUGCCAAAUUGCCCAUACCACUGUUGCAACACACCUUCUCAGGCGGCCAUGUGGUGGCGAACAUGGGUUGCUGGUUCUUCAUCGAGAUCACGCAAAUUCGCUCGUCACAAUGCAAGAUCCAAGCCACCGACAGAUUGACACGAUUAGCCGCAUCGUCGAAUGAGACAUGCAUGAUUCCAACCAGCAAUUCAUCCCAGCGAGGCGGCGCCUAGAAAGCUGUGGCAUAUGAUAAGUUACAAUCGAGAAAACAAGCUUAACUCAUGAGUCGGGCGCCAACCUCGCACAUUUCGAGACACGGCGAUCACACCGAAUUUCUCGACAGAUAUUUUGGUUG